AUGCCGUUCAACCCCGUGAGGAUUUUGUAUAACAUUGUAAAGAGCUUGGUAAAGCUUGUCUACUCCAGUCCAGGCAAGAAGGUGGAAUUUGGAGUGAGUGAGGACACUCCGGGGCCUUUAAUAAAUGCACCAUGUGGACCAAUCGAGGGAUUCGUUCAUAAAACUGCAAAGGGAGACACUCACUGCUACCUUGGAAUUCCAUACGCUGAGAAGCCUGUGGGCGAACUCAGGCUUGAGGUAAGGGGAGGAAAUUUGUACUCUCUUACGGUAGUCGACGCUAUUCACGCAAAAAAAUUGCAGCUCCCUCGGCCAGCCAGGCCUUGGACCUCAAUUUUGAAGGCGAAGCAAUUUGGUUUGGUCUCAGUACCCCAUCACGACUGUGGCACAAAAUGGGAAUAUAGCGAAGACUCUUUAACCAUCAGUGUUCUGACGCCUGCUAUCCACAAACCUGGAGGGUAUCCUGUUGUCUUCUUCAGCCAUCCAAGUGCUUUUUCUCUGGCCUCUGCAAAAACCAUGAGAUAUGAAGGGUUUUGCGAGAACAUUGUGGCUGAAGGCUGUGUUUUUGUGAUGUUUCAGUACCGCUAUGGCUAUCUCGGAUUCGCAUCAACCGGGGAUGCGGUUAUGCCUGGAAACCUUGGGCUUCAUGAUCAAGUCUUGGCGCUUGAUUGGACUAGAAGAAACAUCUCCGCUUUUAACGGAAACCCAUCGAGGAUAACUGGAUGGGGAAUGUCGACCGGCGGAAUAAGCGUAUCUUUGCUGGCAAUAUCACCCAAAACCCGCGAUUACUUUGUCGGGCAUGUUCAAAACUCUGGCGGGAUUCUGGAGCCCAGCUUGUUUGGAAAUCAUGUUGUUUUGGAGACAAGAAAGUUAGCUAGAGCUUUAGGAUGCGUCUCCGAAGACUCUGCUGAAAUAAAACGAUGCCUAAAGAAGGCGUCAAUAAAACAGUUGAUGUCAGCACAAGAGAAGCUCGGGAUUACAAGGGACAUGUUCAAAUUCCGUUGGGUUCCGCGGCUGGAUGGCGAUUUGUUUCCGGAGGAUCUGCCCGAAUUGAUAAAGAAGGCCCGACCAACACCGUGUUUCUCAGGCUACACGAGCGACGAAAUGUUGUAUUUCUGUAGGUUCAUCGUUUCCCUUACGAUAAGUUUUCAUUCUCAGAUAACGGAUUCCUAAAAGACGGAGCCAACCUGUUCAUUGACAAGAAUAAAAGGGAGAACUUCGACGAGGAACAACUUAUUUACAAUGUGCGAAACCGACUGUUUACUGAAGAAGAUUAUGGACCAAAUCACAGAAAAAUUGCGGACAUGGUGUUGGAUUACUACAUUUCCGAACAAUCUCCGAAGCACAAAGAUCCCUUGUAUUGGCUGAAUAUCGAACAAAAGGUAAGUCAGGUUUUUGAUUUUUCCAUGAAAUGAGAAAAAUUACACAGUAACCAAGACGAUUUUUAAACAAAUUACAGAAGCAUUUGUUUCUUUAAACGUUUGACGGAUCCUUUUUCUGACACUUCUUGUUUUAUAAUGUAAACACAUUCACAGAAGUCUAGUAUAGACAGAAAAAAAUGCUUUUGAUUUUUGAAAAAAUGCUAUUUGACUUUGCCGCGACACAAUUCAUUUCCUCAGCGGCGAUCGAUGCGACAGAUUGCUUACUAUCAGUCAGUCGGGAAAAUAACGGCGGAUUGUCGCGACUCGGAAUCGCCUAUCAUCGCUUUGCGACUUCAAGCCGCGGCUGGGAAUUUGGUGCGCGAUAGCGGCGAGGCGAAACAUUUUGAUGCGACGAUCCGCCGCUAUUUUCCCGACAGACUGAUAUUUUCGGACUGAUUAUAAUUUGCAAAAAAUCCGCAUGUCGCACCUAAAAUCUCGUCCCGACUUUUCGGGUCGACGAUACUUCGGGUUAACAUAAAAUUGAUCGAAACGAGCGUAGGGCAGGUGGAUAUUCAAAAGAAGGCUUGUGCCAACUGCCUGCCAAGCCUGGCAAAGCCGUUAGAUUGUCGGCGGACGCCCGGCGAAGGCUCGACGGACGCUUGGCGAACUCUUGCAAUAUGUCUAUUUUUUCUAAUUUUAGCUAUUACUAACGUUAGUUUUCUUUACCCUGAGUUAUUGUAGAAUAAAAAGGCCAAAAUUUGCGGCAAGGAACAAAUAUCCGUCACUUUUAUCUAGAUAUUAUUGAUGUGAGAACGUGUAAAAUACCUCAAAAUAGGUGAUAAGAUAACAUAGGACCCAAUCAAUCUUAUUAUUUCUACUAAUUAAGCCAUCUCCUAGCCUCCCCUAUGCAUACAACGACGAACCGACGGGAUCCAUAGUAUCGUUGAUCCCUGUCGCUGACCCGAAAGGUCGUAGCGCAAAACAAAUCACUUGAUAAAAGGAAAGAAUAAACCAUUAUGUUGCAGCUCCUCUCUCAUCUCGCUAUCCUAGUGCCAAUGUACAUGGAGAACAAGCUGAAAGCCGAGGCAGGGUGGCCAGUUUAUGUUUAUCAGAACGCCCAUUGGAGAGAAGGGCAUUUCGAUCCGAAGGAUAAGAACGCAGCGUUCCGUGGGUGUAUGCAUGUCAGCGAAAUGAAGCAAUUUUGUGGAGCACCGGUCCCAACCAAAUACGUCAUGAACGCAGAAGAUCUGAAACAUAAGCACGCGCUUAUUCAGAGUCAUCUCAACUUUUUCAAGACCGGGUGAGUCAAUAGCUCUUUCUCGUAGCAAAAUCUCAACAUUGCUAGAGGCAAUAUAAUUUCCGUGUUUCCAGAAAUCCAAGUUUUGAUGACAUUGAAUGGCCUAAAGUAGACAACGAUAGUUUGUGUUGCAACGUCUCGCUAUUGCCAAAUUCGCGAAUCAACGACAAAUUUGUGGGUGACCAGAAAGCUCUGGAAUUCUGGUUAAAAAUGAUCGACGAGUUCGGGGAUACCGUAAUACGAACAAUUCAUGGCGCAGCCAUGUAA